AUGACACAAUACCAAGGUAGCAUUACAUCCUUUUUGAAUACUCCUUCCUCAGAUAUACCAUCUCAAGAAGAUUUCAUUCAACCGUCAAGGAAAAAGAUUAAACAUAAGAGAAAAAAAACUAUAUUAAAAGAAGAUGAAACAGCAUGUAAUGUAAAGCUUAAAUAUGAUGGAUCAACGG